AACAGGAUUACCUACAAAAAGUCCAGGAAGAGGGAACGUUUGGAGACCAAGCUAUGUUAAUUGAGGAGCGAAUAUUAACACUUUUUAGAAGGAACUGUCAACAUACAUUGACAUACUGGAGCGUGUUCUUCAGUUUUGGACUAAGCAUAGCUUUCCUGGGGCCUACAAUUUUAGAUCUGAAAUAUCAAACCGGCUCCAGUCUACAGGAGAUCACCUGGGUGUUCUUCUCUCAGCAGUUUUGCUUGCUCAUCGGGAUCUCAAUUGGAGGCGUUUUCAAAAGAACGUUGUUGAGUGCCCUCACUGCCCUCUUCCUCUCCUCCUUCGUCAUCUCUCUGGUUUUUGCUGUCAUACCAUUUUGCUAUAAUGUGCUCUUGCUGGCUGUUGCUAUGGCAGUGUCAGGUCUGGCUUUGGGAUUCAUUGAUACUAUUGCCAACAUCCAGCUGGUGUCUAUUUAUCAGAAAGACUCGGCUAUCUUUCUGCAGGCACUGCACUUCUUUAUCGGGCUCGGUGCUCUGCUGAGUCCUCUUAUUGCAGAUCCAUUCCUAUCAGAGUUCAGUUUGAGCAACAACAGCACAGAAAAUGCCACAGCGAUACCUCACCACGUCAGAAUGCCAGUAAUCCAUGACAAUUCCGCACAAUCCGUGCCAGUUGAUGGCAAACCACGUGUGCAGUACGCCUUCUGGAUCAUGGCCCUCAUAAAUUUGCCUGUGCCGAUUGCGGUUUUCGUCUUGAUUUACCAAGAGAAGCUGCUUUCCUGUUGUCCAAGCAACACUCCUCGGCUGCUGGAUAAAGAUGAGUUAGCCAUGGAGACCAAGGCAUCAGAUGGCACAGAGAAGUCUGAAACAGCAUCUGAAGGAGGACAUGGAAAUCUCUUCAGCUGCUGUAUGAAUGAUAAUCUGCGUGGGUUACCCGUCACGUUUUUUGUUAUGCACAUCUUGGGUGGGAUUGUCCUGUUUAUGACUGAAGGCAUUAUGGGGAUCUACGCUGGCUUUGUUUACACGUACGCUGUUUCAGUUCCCAUGUCUUUGCAUGCUAAAAUGGCAGCAUAUCUGAACUGUGUCUUCUGGGCAGCGAUCACUGCAGGACGGCUUGUGUCAAUCCCACUGACAUAUCGCUUCAAACCGGUUUACCUCCUCAUCAUCAACCUGGCUGGUGUGAAUAUAAUUUUGCUGCUGUUGUUGAUCUUCAACACAAACAGUGUGUUUCUGUUUGUGGGGACAAGCUUUCUUGGGGUUUUCAUCAGCAGUAUUUUCCCCUGCUUACUGGCUUACACUGAGGACAUCUUGAAUUACCAGGGAUGUGCAACAGCAGUCCUAGUGGCCACUGCUCAAAUGGGUGAGAUGUCUAUGCAGGUGUUGGUUGGAUCACUAAUUCAGGCUAAAGGCAGUUUCAGUUUCUUGGUGUGUGGCUUGCUCCUCAGUUCCGUCGCUUUACUCGUCUUCCUGAUGUUAAUCGUGUGCAACCACUUUCACAAAAAACUCACAGGAACGUCUAAAAAAGCCAGUAUGGUGGAAGACCCAUCAGCAUUCCCUCCAGAGAAAUGUGAACAGAAAAUUCCUGUAACAUAACCAAAAUGUGACUCUUAAUGAAGAUAUUUGCUGGAGUAGCCUAUAUGCUGAACUGUAAACAUUCCCUUUUUGUUGCUGUAAAAACCUAAAACAUUCAUUGUGGUGCAAUACGUUAUGUAAGUGAUAAUGUAUAGGCAGCCAGUUGUUAUUGC